UGGAAAAAAAAAGGGGAAAUCUUAAAAAGACGUAAAGAACCCAAGAAGGGUUUAGUUCGAUUCGAAAGAACGAGAGAGCGUGUGAGAUUGUCUGAUUCAUUGGAAAAACUGAUAAGUGCGGAUGGGCAGCAGCGGCACGGCGGUGGAGAAGUCGGAGGAGCAGCUCCGCAAUGAGAUCGAUGAGCUUCUCCGCCAACAGCGCGAGAUUACGGAGCGGCUUCGUGAUCCUCGAGGCCUUCGAAGGGGUCCCUUCUCAGCUCCUCGCCGACAACCCUUUCCUCCCCAUGGAGACAGGAAUGAACCGGAAGGUCAACCUCCUGCUAAACGCCGACUUUCUUCUGCUGUUGUCAGGGUAGAGGAGGAGGGAGAAUUGAUUCACGAUGAUCUUGCUCAUGCACCGAAGAGUGUUAACACUAAUGGGGCCAGUGCUACUAAUCAAUCUAAUUCUCAACACCAGACUGGGUGGUCUAGGAGAGACAGAAAUUCCAACAUGGACUCAGACACUCCUGCUGCAGAACCCGUUCCAAGGGUAUUGCCAAAGAAUGAUGAUCCUCGCUUGGUUAACAGGAACAAGAGAAUGCUUGGACAGCUUCUUGGAACUUUGGAGAAAUUUAGAAAGGAAGACAUGAAACUCUCAGGAACAGAGGCAUACAUGCGGAGAUCUACUUCUUUGCAAAGGGCUGAGCAAAGAGCACGUGAAGAAAGCGAAAGGCUAAGGAAAGAGGAGCGUGAACAAAUUGCUGAAAAACGCAGGAGAGACUUGACACUUCGGGCACGUGUGGCUGCUAAAACUGAAGAAAAGAAGCUGGAAUUGUUGUUUCUUAAGUGGAGUGAACAUCAUAAAAAACUUGGAAAUUUUAUAAGGACUAAGACAGAGCCUCCCAUAUAUUAUUUACCUAAGAAGCCAUUACAUGAAGAUGCUGCGAUAUUUGAGAAGCAGAAAGAAGAGGCUUUUCUAGAAUGGAAGAAUGCAAGGAGAGAGGAAGUGUCUGAGUAUCAGAAACAAAUUGGGGAGCAGUACCUUGCAAACGUUGAGAAAGAUAUGGAAAGAUGGCAGAAUGCAAGAAAAGCUCGGAAAGUAAAUAACAACCAGGAUUUACAGGAAACUAUGGACAAAGAAUUGGAUACACAUAGGCUUGAGCAUGGUCCAAAGAAAAGGAAAAUACCUGGUGGAAGCAACAAUGAAGAUGAUGAAGAUGUGGAAGACAUCAAUAUUGGAGAGGAAGACUUGAUGGAGGAUGUUUUAGAGGAUGAUGCUGGUAGAAGAGUUGAUGAAACAACCACCGCAGAAGCAAGUAACCCUAGUUAUGAUCCUGCAGUUGAUUCUGAUAAUGUAGACCAGAAGUGAUGGCCAACCAGGUCAUGUAGUUUUCAAUGAUUUUUAAUGUUUUGUUGCCUAUUCCAUGCUUUUUCUAGGCUACUAUAGAUAAUUAGAUAUACUUUUCUUUUAAGCCUUCCAUCUUAUUACCUUGAGAUUAUAACAUUAAAAUGAACCCUUUUCACUUGUUCUUUUAUAUAUUAUUGUCUUUUGAAUAAUCA